GUGACUUAUUCUUCGUUCGUAUCACAAUUGGUAAAGAGACUUGCCGAGCUCCGCAAACCGCCAUGCCUUUAACCAAUCUUCACCUAUAAACUCUUUCGUAUUUGGUGCAAUCGGAGAAAUUAGGGUUUUUUUCUGAGACAAUUGGAGGUUUUACUUUAAAGUUCUUCUGGCUCUGGUGUGAAGACGAUCACUUGUUGGUUCUAUCUAAGUUUCAUCGUCUUCGUUGUACUCCGAAAUUGAGGAACAAACCCUGGAGAGUCACAGUUCCGUGUUAGUGUUUCUGCAGCGUUGUGUCAGUGGUGGUUUUGUAUAUCCGCCGCUCGUUAAUUGUGGAGAUGGAGACCAACUCUUCUCUUUUUGGUUUAGUUUCUCCUAGCUCGCAUGAUUUGGUCAUUGAGAUUUUUUUUGUUUUGUUUUGUAGAGGCUUGCUUCUGUGGGGGUUCCUAAGAAAUACCGCUCUAAACGUGGCCUAGUGGAAUUCGUUAGAGCUAACCCGGCCAAGAUUUCAGAGUUAGUCUCUGCUCUCUUACCUACAGAUGACGAUGUUAAACUAGGAUUGAAAGAAGCUAGGGAACGGCCUCGAAAGUCUGCUGUGAGUCCUACCAUGAAAAAGAGGUUCAGGGAGAGCAUGAAUAUGCUGCAGUGGUUGAUGUUCCAGGAUGAGCCUGAUGUUUCUUUGAGGAAUCUAGCAAAACUGAAUCUUGAUCAGCGAGGUGUUUGUGGCUCUGUCUGGGGACAGAAUGAUAUAGCAUAUAGGUGUAGGACAUGCGAGAAUGACCCAACUUGUGCAAUCUGCGUGCCUUGUUUCCAGAAUGGGGAUCACAACUCCCACGAUUAUUCAAUCAUCUACACAGGUGGUGGUUGUUGUGAUUGUGGGGAUGAAACAGCAUGGAAACCUGAUGGUUUCUGUUCAAAUCAUAAAGGUUCUGAACAGAUUCGACCCCUCUCAGAAAAUCUAGCAAAUUCAGUUGGGCCUAUACUUGAUGCCCUUUUUACUUGUUGGAAUAACAAGCUCUUAUCUGCAGAAAGUAGUGGUCAGAAAGGUGCUAGAUCCAACGAUACUCUUGUGAUACUCCAAAAGAUGUCAAACGAGCUGACAUUUAUAGUGGUUGAAAUGCUUCUGGAGUUUUCUAUGUCCAGUGAGAGUUUGCUCAGUUUUGUUUCUAGAAGGAUUAUCUCUUCAAGUGGUUUAUUGAGCAUUCUCUUAAAGGCUGAGAGGUUCUUGGACCAAGAUGUUAUGAAGAAACUACAUGACUUGUUCCUCAAAUUAAUAGGAGAUCCAGUCUUCAAGUGUGAAUUUGCUAAAGCAUUUGUGAGUUAUUAUCCAGUUGUGAUAAGCGAAGUGGUUAAGCAGGGUACUGAUAAUGCAUUCAAGAAAUAUCCUCUACUGUCCACAUUUUCUGUGCAAAUCCUCACGGUGCCAACUCUAACACCAUUUCUGGUGAAGGAAAUGAAUUUGCUAGCUAUGCUUUUGGGAUGCCUCAGUGAUAUCUUUGUUUCUUGUUCUGGGGAGGAUGGUUUGCUACAGGCUACAAAGUUGGAACGGUUGUGUGAGACAAGUGAACGUGUCAUUGGAGACUUGAAAUUUGUUAUGAGCCAUGCUAUAGUUUCUAAGUAUGCAACACAUGAACACCGGGAGUUAUCAAGAUCAUGGUUGACACUCUUGACCUUUGCUCAAGGAAUGAAUCCUUUAAAAAGAGAGACUGGAAUCCCUAUUGACGAAGAAAAUGAUUACAUGCAUCUGUUCUUUGUUUUGGGUCAUUCUAUAGCUGUUAUUCACUCUCUAUUGGUUAAUGGUACAUAUUCUGCUGCCAGUGAUGAAGAAAUAGAAAAUGAUAGAAACGCCAAGGAAGAAUUUGACAAGUGUGAUGGAGAUGGAGAAAGGUAUGCAAAAGUUGGAAGAUUGUCUCAUGAAGAUUCUGUAUGUACUGCGAUUGUAAGCAGCAGCUCCUUUGAUAGCUCAAUGGCCUCUGAAGUCCACAAAAUUGAUCCUUUCCAUGCCCUGCUUCCUUCUUCUGCCAUAUAUUUGAUACGCGAAUGUUUGAAAGUUUUGGAGACAUGCUUAGGAAAUGAUGAAGGUAUAUCAAAGUUUCUUUGCAAGUUGUCCUCUUCUAGCGGCAGAAACAUCCCUGAAAGUAAGAUGUCGUGGCCAAGGAGAGAUUUGUUAAAUGUUGAAACUGGAGGAAGUGUAUCUAGUAAUCUUGCCAGUUCUAGUAGAGAUCCGAGUACUGGCUUAUCACCUCUAUGCGGCGAUAUUCAAACAAAUCUUAGCUUGGAUAAUGUUUGUGGACCGUAUGGGGUGGUUCAGACAGAUGUUACAGCUGACUCUAAAAGAGUAUCUUGCAACUCUGCUGAUUUGACAAAGAAUGCAUCAGGAUUACGUAUACUUGGUCUGUGUGAUUGGCCGGACAUUCACUAUGAUGUGAGUUCUCAGGCCAUAUCAGUUCAUCUUCCUUUGCACCGGUUACUUUCUCUGCUAAUACAAAAAGCAUUAAGGAUAUGUUAUGGAGAAUCUGCAUCAUACAAUGGAGUCAGUAUUAGUCAUGAGAUCCCACAUGCAGACUUCUUCAGCUCCGUGAUAGGAGAUUUCCAUCCUUGUGGAUUUUCUGCACUCGUUAUGGAACAUGUUCUACAGAUUAGGGUGUUUUGUGCCCAGGUUAUCGCUGGAAUGUGGAAGAAGAAUGGGGAUUCUGCAUUAGUAUCUUGUGAGUGGUAUCGGUCAGUUCGUUGGUCAGAACAGGGACUUGAGCUUGAUCUAUUUCUUCUCCAGUGUUGUGCUGCGUUAGCUCCCGCAGAUUCUUAUGUUGAUAAGCUUCUCAGUCGAUUUGGGCUCUCAAGCUAUCUUUCACUUAAUCCGGAUAUAACAAAUGAGUAUGAACCAGUUUUGGUCCAGGAAAUGCUUGGUCUUCUGAUACAGAUUCUGCAAGAAAGACGAUUUUGUGGUCUUUCUACUGCUGAAAGUUUGAGAAGAGAGAUCAUCUUCAAGUUAGCCACUGGAGAUUUCACUCAUAGUCAAUUGGUCAAAUCUUUACCCCGUGACCUGUCCAAGUCGGACGAGCUCCAGGAGGUCUUAGAUGACGUUUCAGUCUAUUGCAAUCCAUCCGGCAUGAACCAGGGAAAGUAUUCACUACAGUCAUCUUGUUGGAAGGAAUUGGAUCUCUACCACCCUCGUUGGCAGUCGAGAGACUUGCAAUCUGCAGAAGAAAGAUUUUCGCGUUAUUGUGGAGUGUCUGCGUUGACCACUCAGCUUCCGAGGUGGAGAAUGAUCUAUCCACCUCUAAAGGGGCUUGCUAGAAUAGGCACUUGCAAAGCCACAUUUCAAAUAAUUUCAUCUGCUUUAUACUACGCACUACAGAGUGGUACAUCAGUUAAAUCACGUGCUCCUGAUGGUGUUCUCAUAACUGCACUGCAGUUACUCUCGUUAUCAUUGGAUAUUUGCACUCAGCAGAGGCAAUCUAAUAGUCAGGAUUGUUGCUUAGAAAAUUCAAUUCCAAUUCUCGAAUUAGCUGGUCUGGAAAUAAUUGGUAUAGCUCAAGGGACUGAAAAAGAAAGUUUAUUGUCUCUUCUUGUUUCGUUAAUGAAGACUCGUAUGGGAGAUGGCCGCCAUCAAUUUCCAGAGCCAGGCAGUUGCAAUAUUUCGUCCUGGAUUGGAAAUCUGCUGAAGAAGUUCAGUGCAAUUGAUUCUGUUUGUAUGAACCUAUUGCAAAGUCUUGCCCCCGAGGUGGUUGGUCAAUCUGGCUUCGAUAAAGUCAUGUCAGGUUCUACUUCUGAUGAGAAGCGCAAGGCUAAAGCUAAAGAGAGGCAGGCUGCUAUUAUGGCAAAAAUGAAAGCUGAACAGUCAAAGUUCUUGUCUACCUUGAGUUCCAGCAUGGAUGAUGAUGAUCCGAGAUCUGAAUUUGAAACAAGUGAUUCUGUGAUGGAACAUGAUUCAGAAAUAGCUGUCCGUGAAGUUUGCUCCCUCUGCCAUGACCCAGAUUCCAAAGACCCCGUUUCUUUCUUGAUUUUUCUCCAGAAAUCUAAACUAUUGAGUUUUGUGGAUAGAGGCCCUCCAUCUUGGGAUCAAUGUCCACAAUCCGAAAAGAAGAUAUCUGUGGAUGGAGCUCCUGAUCUUUUGAGAAUGAAUGCUUCUUCAGAUAGUUUAAGAAUAAGUUCUCCUCUCAUGCUGCAAUUGUCAGAUGAUACUAUCUCUGAGUCUGCUAAUAUGAUUGAAUCUAUAAAAGCCCGGCUUAUAGGGAAUGGUCAGACAGAGAAGAGGUCUAGCGAUGGGAGGGGAAAAGAUGAAUCUAACAUGGAAUCAUUGGAGAUAGCCAUGUAUCAAACUGUUCGCAACAAAAUUGAAAACAUGAUAAAUCAAAGCCUUACACGUGUAGAUCAUCAACCCCAUGAAGCUGAAAAUUGUUCGGAGAAAAAUUCUGUUGGUGGUCCAUCUACUUUGCAAGGUAGAUUUCCUGAUAUUCGAUCAAGACAAACUUCCAGGCGUCCUGAUGCUGGUUCAGAUGGGUUUCACCCUAUCGACUGUGAUGGGGUUUAUCUUUCAUCAUGUGGACAUGCUGUACAUCAAAGCUGCCUUGAACGAUAUUUAAAAUCCUUAAAGGAAAGGUCUGGCAGAAGAACUGUCUUUGAAGGUGCACAUAUUGUGGAUCUAAAAAAGAAAGAAUUCCUGUGUCCUGUAUGCCGCCGACUAGCCAAUUCUGUAUUGCCUGAAUGUCCUGGAGAUUUAUGUUCUGUCUCAAAGCUACAAGAUAGUCCACGUACUAAGUUACGUAGAAAAGAUGCACUGCAGCCUUCUCUUUGGCUCUCUGAAGCGUUGUGUCUACUACGAUCUGCUGCUGAAGUGAUCGAAGAUGGUGAUAGAGGUAAAACAGUUACUCCACAGGGAGAUGGACCAAGAAGGAAAGAUCUUAAAUCUGUCUCUAAAAUGCUCUGGGAUUUCUAUUUUCCCAAGCCAGAGGAUAAAACUCUAAAACGUCUGUGGCUACCACCACAAUCAAUCGUCAUGUGGGACACCCUUAAGUACUCUCUCAUUUCAAUGGAAAUUGGUACUCGUUUUGCCAAGAAUUCAAUGCUGCCUGUCUAUUGUAUUGACUCCUUGUAUGAAGAGUUGAAAACCUCUAAGGGGACUAUUUUGUCAGUUUUAUUACGAGUGGUACAGAGCUCCAGAACAAAGAAUACUAUUCAUGUUCGUCAGAGAUUUGUGGGUAUGAAGCAUCUUGCAGAGUCUAUAUGCUAUGGAGUUUCAAGUAGUUCUUCGAGCAGCAUAUUUGGAAGUGAAGGCACAACAGGUUCAUUGAAGAAUAUAGACCUGCUCUGGAAUCGAGCAUCCGAUCCAGUUCUUGCCCAUGACCCAUUUUCAUCACUGAUGUGGGCUCUCUUUUGUCUUCCUUUUCCUUUUCUCACGUGCGAGGAAUCUCUAUUGUCACUUGUGCAUAUUUUCCACAGUGUCUCGCUUGUUCAGACUGUAAUUGCUUAUUGUGCAUGUCGCCCAAGUGAAUUGAGUGAAUUAAAUUUUGGGGAAAACCUGCUUAAUGACAUCUCCAACGCUUUGAGAGAAUCAGGUGGUUGGGAGUAUUUCAGGUCGAACAAUAUGGAUUUGUCAUGUGAUAUAAAAGACACAAUCCGUAAAUAUAGUCUUCCUUUCUUGAGGAGAUGUGCGUUGUUGUGGAAGCUACUGAAAUCUACUCCUAGGAAGCUUCAUGAAGAGUCAGAUAUGUUUGAUUUGCCAUCUGACCCCACCACCGACAAUAUGGAUUUCAUAUACAGUCCCCAGUCUGAGCUGAAUCAUGUGCAAGAAUUGGAGAAAAUGUUUAACAUUCCACCUAUAGAUAUCAUUCUUAAUGAUGAACUUCUCCGUUCUUCAACCCAAAUAUGGCUCCAGCAUUUUCAGCGGGAAUAUAGAGUCAACAGAGUUAAAAGGUCCCUUUGCAUCACCCCUGUAGUUCCUUUCCAGCUAAUGAAAUUACCCAAUCUAUACCAGGACCUACUACAAAGGUGUAUAAAAAAACGUUGCGUCAACUGCACCAAAGUUAUCGAAGAACCUGUAUUAUGUCUUCUGUGUGGAAGUUUGUGUUCUCCCAUAUGGAGCCCUUGUUGCAGAGAAAGUGGUUGUCCUAAUCAUGCAAUUACCUGUGGUGCUGGUACUGGUGUAUUUCUUCUGAUACGGCGGACCACAAUUUUGCUACAAAGGUUUGCAAGACAAUCACCUUGGCCAUCUCCUUACCUGGAUACGUUUGGAGAAGAGGAUAUCGAUAUGAUCAGAGGAAAACGACUAUACCUGAAUGAAGAACGUUAUGCUGCUUUAACUUACUUGGUUGGUUCUCAUGGACUUGAUCGCAGUUCAAAAGUUCUCGGCCAAACCACAAUUGGAGCCGUCUUACAUUAAACGAUCUGCGUGCUAUUUCUCAGACAUUGAUCUCUAUGAGAUGGUAUUCAUAUGUUGCUUUGAAAUCAUCAGUUAAGAUUCUAAAGAUUUGAGAGCUUUUCUGAUGAUUUUUUUUUAUUUGAUUUCUGUCACUUUGGUUGAUUUCUUUAUUUGUGGAUAUAUGCGAUCAUGUUUGUAAAUAGAGUAUUAUUUCUUGGCAGUUGCAUAAUGUUUAUUUUUAACAAUACUAUCAUUGGUUAGUCUCUGUGCGCAGAUUUGCAUUGUUUCUUUUAUUUUAUUCAGGCUUACUACCUGAAAAUGGUCGAUAAACAUCCCAAUGAUUAAAAAAAAAGUGUUGAUUUUGAGAAGGUUUAUUUGUAAAAUUUUUGAUAUAUGUACAGAUUGAUCCAG